AUGGUUGAUUUGGAUUCUAUCAAGAGAGCCAGUGAAUUGGUAAACUCAAUAUUACAUGCUAAAGGUUUUUUAGAAACAAAUGAUGAAGAACUAUUAUUUAAAUCUAUAAAUGAUGAAAAUUUACAAGAUUUAGAAUCAAUUCAACAAAAUGAUAAAUUAGUUAUAAAUACCAUAUAUUCAUUGAUUCAAAGUUAUGAGAAAUCUAAAACUGAAAUACAAUUCUUGAUGGAUCAAUUAAAUGAUAAAAAGGAAAUUAUAAAUCAUUAUGAAGAAUCAAAUAAAGAAUUACAUAUUAAGAAUGAAUCAUUGAUUAAAUUGAAUUAUAAACAACAAAAUGAAAUAAAUCAUUUACAAAAUAAUUUAAAAUUGAAUAAACAACAUACCUUGUUACAAGAAAAAAAUUUCUUGAAAGAAAAACAUUUAAAUAAUUCAUUGAAAACUAAAUAUGAAAUUGAUAUCAAAAGAAAAACAGUAACAAUUAAUCAAUUACAAGAUAAAUUAUUGAAAAAACAUAAAAAAUUUCAAAAUGUUAUAGAAGGGAAUAUAACAACAACUUCCUCAAUAGAUUCAAGUUUUAUAUCAAAUACAACAAAUGAUUCACAAGAUAAUGAAUUAGAAAAAAUGAUGAUUAACCUAAGUCAAUUAAUUACAAAUAUAACUUUACAAAAUGAUGAAAAUUUAAAAUUUAUAAAUUAUUUAUCAUCAUAUUUAUCCAUAAUUAUUGAAUUUUUAAUCAAAAAAUUAAACCCUAUGAAUCAAGAUUUAAUUUUAUCAUUACCACCAAGUCCAAAAUUUUUUUAUUCAAAUUUUUUGAAAACACAUAAACAAGAAUCAAUACCAAAUCAAGAUAUAAGUACCAAAAUAAGUAAUAUAAUAGAUUAUGAAAAAAUUCAAUCAAUAAUUUUCCCUAAAUUAGAUAAAUUUUAUGAAUUAAUUAUAAAUCAAGAUCAAUCACAAGUUCAAAUCCCUAAACCUAAUGGUAAUCAAUCUAAAAUUUUGGAAUUAGAAAUGAAUAUAAAGCAAUUAAAUGAUAAUUUAAAAAUUGCUAUUGAAACUAAUGAAAAAUGGAGUAAGAAAUUUAAUGAUUUAGAAAGGAAUUCAAAAUCAAAAGAGUAG